CAGGCUAGGCCAAUUUCGUCAUUGUUGUUUUUCUUUUCCUUCAUUUUUAUCAUCUCGUUAGAAUAUAAUUGGGAAAAUCUGGGAAAAACCGUUAUCUCAUACGUGAAAAAUAUUUCGAUUUUAAACUGUGUAGAAGCAUCCUUGGAGAAAAUUUUCGUCAAUAAUAGAAGAAACAACUCGGAACUGGAGUAAAAGAACAAGCAACAGUUCUGUGUUUAUUGUUUUGUUUCUUUUCCCUAGUCAAGGGAUCUGCGGUCGUUUUAUGGGAAAUAUUGUCCUUCGGAGUCGUGCCCUAGCGAAUAUGAGCGACGUCGAAUUUGAGGAAGAUGUUGAUAUCAUCGAGGAAGACGAUCUGUUCGACGACCCGCUGGAAGGGGAAGAAGCCACCCACGAAAACCAUCUUGUUUCGAUAUUGCGGCAACUAAUCAGCAGCGGCGAGAUACAAAUUCUUAACAAUGAUCGCCCUUCGAUGUCCCUGCCAGAUAUCAGAAAGCGAGCAAACCUGGACCAAUUGAAGAAAAGUGCAAUCUAUCAGAGCAUCAAACAAGCGUCCGGCUAUGAUGCAGAUGCCAGUAGUCCCACAAAGAAGUUCUCCUUGCUCGACAUGCUUGCCAAGCGUGAAAGUGGAUUGGGAUCCAAAGGGGGUCCAUUCGUUCAAAGCGACAAAUGCAAAGUCAAUAACCUCUUCUUGCCGAAUCGAACGGAGAAACACGUCUACAACUGCAACUCCAAAGUAUUUUGCGGACGGUUCUCACGGGAUGGUUCACAGUUCAUCAGUGCCAGCCAGGACAGUCGAAUUCGCGUGUUCGACGCCACCACCAGUCGGUAUCCGCUAGUGAGCCAGAUUGAGGCGAAGAAUGUCUCCUGGUCCGUGUUGGACAUCGAUUUCAGUCCUGAUGGAGAGUAUUUCGUUUACUCUACAUGGGCUGAUGCGUUAUUCGUCUCCCGGUUGCGCAACAUGGAAUCGGAUGACAUACACUGUCUUUUCCUAAGGCCGCAGUGUCCGAAAUUCGGCGUAUUUACCGUCGCAUACUCAAACUGCGGUAAACAGAUUUUAGCAGGAGCAAAUGAUGGUUGUUUGUAUGCAUACGAUCUGAAUGCCAACAGGCGUGUUCUGAUGGUUCCCGUAGCCCAGGAGAAACACGAUGUGAAUGCAGUUGGAUUUCUGGACGAAACGUCGAACAUAUUCUUCAGUGGCACAGAUAAUGGAUUAAUCAAGGUGUGGGAUCGUCGUUGCCUGAAUGAGGUGAAUCCAGAAUCGGCAGGCGUUCUUGUGGGGCACUUUGACGGCAUCACUUACAUUGACUCCCGCAAUGAUGGACGUUACAUCAUUUCCAACUCCAAGGAUCAAAGCAUAAAACUGUGGGAUCUGCGAGUGUUUUCUCCGGCAGAUGCCGAAACGAAAGUGAAAGAUCAGCUUUGCUAUGGAAACUGGGAUUACCGGUGGGAUGAAGUCCCCAAGAGAUUCUACAACCCGACCAAGACGCUGGAGGGAGACACGAGCGUAAUAACAUACCGAGGUCAUCGCGUACAGAAGAGCUUGCUUAGGGCGAAAUUCUCGCCGGCUGUUACCACUGGACAGCGAUACAUUUAUACCGGUUGUGGUACUGGGCGGCUAAUAAUCUAUGACGCUCUUACUGGUAACAUGGUAGAAAAAAUCGAAAGUCACAGAGACACGGUUCGUGACGUUGCUUGGCACCCGCACAGACCGGAAGUGCUAACAUGUUCGUGGGACUUCCAUGUAAAUCUGCAGACGUAUCUUUGUGCCGAAAAUGCGAAAAAGAAGACUUGCCCCUAUGCUUCGAGAACCCGCCGGCUGAUAGAUAGCGAUGAUGAUAGUGAAGACGACAGUCCUCCAUUGAGACGAUCGCGCAGAAUAGCCGAACUGAGACGGGCGCAAUCCAAUUCCGAUUAGGAGGGACAACAAAACUACAAUCAUUAUUAGUCACAUAAAUUCGUUGCUCAGUGGUUACACAUUCGGAGAUAAUUGUAUUUUCGUUUGAUCGAUUCUUGGAGACCAAGGUAAGCUAUUUGAGGUCUUUCAGUGCGUUAGCAGCAUUCAUAUCGUCUAUGAUUUAACUUUUUUUUUUAUGUAUAGAAGACACACACAAAAUCAAAGUUCAGUUUAUUGAAAACUUGUAUGAGAUUCUAACUUUGCCCAUGCAUUAGUUUUUCAUGCAUGGUGGCAGCGGAGUGUAAAAAUAAAUCUAAGGAUUGGUAGCGAUAUGUUAAUGCCUUUGAUUCUUAUUUGCUCGAGUUCAGAUUCGUCCAAGCUUACUCGAUGCUCGAGCUCGAAUAAUGAUAAUCUAAGGUUUUUUUUUGUUGAUAGGUAAUACGUCUUGCAUAGAGGAUCUUUUUUUCAGUAAUUUCCUACAGCCUGUUUUAGAUUCAAAUAAAUUAUUGCUCUAGCUUUCAUCGGUUAACUAUGAUAUCUACAUUUAACGAUAAGUCAGUCGGAUGAAUACAUGAACGGAAGAUUAUGCGUAUUGUUAA